AUGGAAGAUACAGAGUUCGAUGAUAUUUUAGAUGACUGGUUUAUCGAGUCUCUGAAAACGUACAAAGAUCUUCAUGUGUAUCAGCUGGAACAUCCCACCCAGGUCAUUGAGUGGACGUCAGGGAAGACCGUCUGUGUCGCCGGCUACAGUCUGUCCAAAAAUGAAAUUCUGGAGCUUCGUUUGCCGCUGAAACUUUUUGCCGAUGAAAAUAAGGGUCUCUGCGCCGAACGGGAUUUCAAAGUCGCCCACGGUGGUUUCAGCGACCGCCCCGUUCGCUGCCUCAAGCACAUCCCAGGAACGAGGUGUGUUGUGACCAACGAUGGGCUGAGCUCCAACCUGCAGGUGUGGGACCUCGGAGGAGACGACUGCGAUGUGAUCAGGAGAACAGGAAGCGUUGCGGGGAGGAGGACUGUUUCAGAGAGAGGCAGCAGGGUCGCAGCUCGACUCUCAUCGCCGCCACAAGUCCUCCAUGGAGCUCAGAGCAGCGACGUCCAGCUGACUGAGCUGAACUCAGGACGGGCUCUUUAUAAACUGGAAACUGACUCAGCAGAUCCUCUGAGCUCUUUACACUUUGUGAGUGACACCGUUUUCCUCGCCGGCUGCUGUAACGGAAGCGUUUACAUCGGCGACACUCGAACGUCCGCUGCUCCUCAGCUUUCACCUCCGCCGGCAUCUUCAGGCGAUUCUGACCUGUGGUGGACGGACACCUCUGCAGGUCAGCAUCCAUCCAACUGCAGGGUGGUCAGACUGUCCUCCUCUGGACGGGCAGUGGUUUCAGAUUUGAGGAGCCUUGGAGGAGCUGUGUGUCAGGCUCAGCUGGACGUCCAAGCACGUUGCUGCAACCUGGAUGAUGUCAGCGUGUCGUGGGCGCCGACGAUCAGUGACUGCAUCUCAGUGUCAGGUUUCAGUGGGGUUGUCCAGAUCUACAACACCUGUGGCUGGAGCACAGAGCUGCAGGAACGUCAGCCGCUGUUUCAGCAUCGUGGUCACGUGGUAUCGUCACAGCAGACUGAUGACAGCAUCCCCGUCUUCACCACCGCCCACAGCUGGCAUCCUGAGCUGCCGCGGACGCUGCUGUCCGCAGCUUCAGAUGGCUCUGUCCACGUCUGGGACUGGGUGGACCCAGAACAAUCAGCUGCUGACAGUCCAACAUCAAGAACAGAAUAAAGAUCCAGUUGACCUGGAAGGAAGACAAAGAAACAAGCUCAUGUAAUGACUGAGGCACUGAUGUGGGUCAGUGAAGAAACACUGACAGCAGUGCUGGACAACAACAAACACAAACAAUCAUCACUUUCUGAUGUAGUGGCUUCAGACCUGUUCCUGUACCACCAACAUGAUUAAACUGUAAUUCAAGUAAAGAAACUUUUUAAGGGAAAAACAAACUGAUUUGGGGAAAAAUGGAAAUUUGCUUCACAAAAAUCAAAACAGACCAUUUAUGAAUUACAGAUAAAUUGCAGUUGGAUUGAAGUCACAGCUGUUCCUGGUAACUAAUCUCAUUUAAACACAACUGAUUGCAGAUGACUGCUGGUUUUUGUAUCACAGCACAUAUUUGUGUUGCUGUCUUCACAAAUUAAACGUUUGCAACAGGAGAACUUUCAGGAUCAGUUCACUCUAAACAUAAAACACAGCUUCUCUCUAAUGUCCAGUCAUACGAGACUACACCUAUAAAAAUCAGACCUGCCAUGCUCCCUGAAGUAGUUGCCUUGUGCAUCGCUGUACCACUCCGAGUGCUGCUGUCACGCUUGGAACACUCCCUGGAGUGCCGUUAGAUCCAUCAAGCCCCAAUCUCUAAUAUGUGCUGGACCUCCCAGUGUCAAAACUGUGACCCUUCAACUUAAAUUUCAUUUUGAAAGAGGUCACAGGUGGAGUAGGGCAGGUAGAGAGCAAAAAAUGGUGAGACUCGGCCAUUUUAAUUGCACUGUGAGCGGGUGUGUAUUGGCACAAUGCUACACACCAUAGUUCAGGUCAUUUGCACCAAGUGUUCUCCCUUAGAUGACAGUUGACGGCAUGUUGUUGGCAGCGCUAAAGACCUGAUGCACCCAAUUUAGUCUUGGAGCCUCUUCAACCAAACACUGACGUUUGGCGUCUGCAGUCGUAGCCGCAGACCACACUCUUAUCACCAGCCGUGAUUACAUUUACUUUAAAAGGUGGAAUUGCAAAUGUACACCUGCACGUGGUCAGACGAGGACCUCCAGGACGAGAUACUGAAAGUGGAGCACUGCUGCAAAAGACAACUACUUUGAAGGGAUAGACUCCAAAUGUCAGUAUUUUUUUGCUUUUUAUAGGUGCAGUCAUGGAACUUUUGAUUGAAAAUGUCACAGGUACCACGGUUCAAAGGUGACCGAUUUGAACGACUCGUUUUGUCUGAUCAGGAGAUAUUCCAUCUAUGAGAACAACAUCUGAUUCUACCUCUAACACCACACGUCCUGUGACCCAAUAGUCACGAGUUCAUCUGUGUUCUGAGCCUCCUUUACAGACGCAUCGCUUCAACAGCAAAGUGUAAAGAGCGUCUGAUUUUGUGGUACACAUUGUAGACCUCUUGGUGUUGCUUACAGAACUGAUCUGAUGGUGACUGCAUUUGCAUUUACAUAUUCAUCUAUUAAAACUGCAUUCUGUUA